CACACCACACACUCCUUCAGUCAGUUUUUCGAGGCUCUUCAGCUUUGCAGGUUCAUGACGGCCGAAUGAAAAAGCGCGAAAACACACACACACACACACACACACACACACACACACACACACACACACACACACAGUCAAAACCUUGAUUUGAAUUUCAUCCAGAAGCGAUGAGGGCGGCGCGAGACUCAGACAGGCGGACGCGGGGCUGAAGUGCGGCAGGAGCGGGGCUGGAGUGGAGCUGAAGCGGGGCCGGUGUGGAGCUCUCCGCGGUGCUGAAACCGGUCCCACAGCGACGUUCAUCGACGUGAAUGCAAGACCGACGGAGGACAUUCACAUCCAGCCUGCGAGGACAGCAUGAGGAGGGUUUUCAUGCCCACACCGCUGCUCUUACUGAGCUGUUUCGGAGCGUCGUGGGUCUUGGCUGACAGUUUGGCAGCUCCAGUGAAUGUGUCCAUCAGGGAUCUGAAGAGCAGCUCAGCCGUGGUGACAUGGGACACGCCAGACGGAGAGCCAGUCAUCGGCUUCGCCAUCACACAACAGAAGAAAGAUGUCCGCAUGCUGCGCUUUAUUCAAGAAGUGAACACCACCACGCGGAGCUGUGCAUUGUGGGAUCUGGAAGCUGAUACGGAUUACAUUGUGCACGUUCAGUCUAUCAGCAUCAGCGGGGCGAGUCCUGUUAGUGAAGCUGUGCACUUCAAGACCCCGACAGAAGUUGAAACACAGGCCUCCAAGAACAAAGACGAGGUGACGAUGGAGGAGGUCGGGCCGAACGCUCAGCUCAGGGCCGGAGAGUUCAUCAUUAUUGUGGUGGUCCUCAUCAUGUGGGCAGGUGUGAUCGCACUAUUCUGCCGUCAGUAUGACAUCAUUAAAGACAACGAACCAAACAAUAACAAGGAUAAAGCCAAGAACUCGUCUGAAUGCAGCACUCCAGAGCACACGUCAGGUGGCCUGCUGCGCAGUAAGGUAUAACCAGCAGUCCAGACCACACUAUACACAGACCUCCAACAUCAACAACAACAACAACCGAUCGCCAUCUGUCAACAUUAUCAAAGUGUGAAUCUGCAUUUACCACACCGGCCGAAUGUGCAAAAACAAGCAGAAAGCAGGAAUUCUGGACAUUUCCUGAAGAAAGCUGGAAUAAUCCUGCGAGAGUCUGAAACCGGCUCUGGGGGUCUGAAGAUAAGAGGAAAUCUGUGAAGAAAUGCACGGAGUGUGGGGAAAAAAAGGACCCUUUUUAUGGCUUUACAAAGAAGUGGUGUCGGCAAGAAGAUCCGCAUUUAAAAGCCUGUCUUUUACACUUGAAAACUCUUGAGCUUUGCUCCUUUAUCUGGUUUAAUCUUUUACGCUGUUUGCAAUGGCAUGAUGCACAUUCUCAAUGACGGUUUUUAUAGUCAAGUAAAUCUGCAGCGAUUUACUGAAGGAAUUAACCUAUUAGUUUUUAUAAAUUUAAGUAGAUUGAACUUAAAACAAUUAAGUUG